CAGUCAUAUUGCAACGAAUAAAAAUGUAUGCGACCCAGUUGCAGUGUCUCAGGUUUUGGAAUCACCUCAUAAAUUCUUCUCACGCAUGAAGCAGCAGCUGCAGCAGAAACUGGUUCAAAGAGAUGCUUUGCUUUGCCAAAACAAGCAACCUGACCCUCCUCCAGCUGCUGUGAAGCCCACUUCAGCCCAGCAGUUAAAUGAUCUCAAUGGAGCGUGUGUGAAUCCCGCAGCCUCUGACGUGGACACAUUCAUCGUGGAGCCAGUACAGCCAGGAUCAGAGACUUUCAACCUGGCAGCUGAUGGGAUGGACACCAGCAUCUACCCCGAUGAGCCUGCCAAACUUUUAGAAGGAGCGGCCCCUGGAAAGCUUCCCCAAGAAGGAAGGGCAGUGCACCCAUCCGGCAAGACGUUUGGCCCAAGGGGAUCUCAAGCGUUGGAACAUGGGUCACCGGCACCAGCACAACAGAUGUGUGAUAUUGUCUUUGCUACACCAAGAGCCCACAUCCCAAGGAAGCAAAAGACAGGACGGGUCAUGUGCAAUCCUGUCUUGGAAAUUCCUUAUGCAGAUAAAACCACUGAUGGAAAGAAAGGGGGACAGCAGGUGAUCCAUAUUAGUGAGUGGCGAAUCAAAGUGAUCAACAACAACACUGCUGUGUGCCUGGAAGGAAAAAGGAGGGACCUGCACGACAGUGAGUGGCACAGCAAUGCAAUUGUGGAAAGAAUUGCCUACAAGCAAGUUAAAACGCUGUCUGGGAACAUCUACGUCUUGGAAGGGCAUUUGAAUGCAAGCACCAUGAAGAAGGAAGGAAUACCAUCGACGUUCAUCAAGAGGUUUAGUUUUGGAAUUCCAAAAAAAUGGAAAGAGUUUGUUGAAGAACUGCUUCUCUACUUGAGGAGGAAAGAGAAGAGAACCUUCCAUUCAAGCGACGAUAGCAAUGACCGGGAGGAUCCUAUGGAAACGGAGGCCUUGGAGGAACAGGGGCAUCUGCCCAAAGAUGUGGAGAAAAAGGCGAAAGCAGAAAACAUCACGUAUGACGUCAUAGACCUGCGCAGUAGUAAAACACCUGGCCAAGGGAAAAGGCCGCCCCUUCCCCAGAGCGACCCCAACGUCAGCGUCACCCGCAGCGGCCGACGCGUGAAGCCCCCCCUGCAGUACUGGUGCGGGGAGCGGAUCCUGGUCGACCAAGAGCUCAACGUCAUGGUGGCCAGAGGAGGAACCAACUACUUGUCGACAGCGAGCAGCACACGGUCGCAGUCCAGGGAAAGCUUCCGGUCCCAAAACAAAAGUGCAGCGGGUGAGAUGAAGGCGAGCAAAGAAGGACCUCCAAGUCAAGCCAAAGAAAGAACAAGUACAAGAGCUGAUCAGGACACCAAAGAUCCUGGGCACAGAGAGCAGCACAAUUUCGUUUCCGAUUCUGAAGAAAGUGACUCCGAGAGGGCCCUGAUCGAGGUCCGCAAAAGGAAGGCUGUGGUUCCCUUGACACCUCUGAACCCGAAGCUCCUGGCCAGGAGGGAGCGGAACACGCCGCGGCCAGACAGGGAGUCCCAGGGCGGUGGUGGCAGAACCAGCAGGGCCACCGAAGGGAAGCCCUCCGCCUCCAAACGCCCAAAAACAGUCCUCUGCCGAGACCCAAGUGUGGAGAGACUCCCUGUCAGCAGCCAAGACGACUCUGACGAGGACUACGGCCCAUUCAUCAAGAGGAAAACCCAGCCGGCUUUCAAAAGGGACGCUUUGAGAUCUCGGCCUCGGGAAGUGGGUCCUGCAGCCCUCCAGAGCAGAAGGGUGACGGUGCCGUGCGACAGUCAGGAGGAGCCGCCUGGAAUGGCCGCUUCUCUGGAUACGCCGCACAAGGGAUGGAACAUAAGGAACGGGUCUCAAAAGGGGGCCCAAAAGACCUCCACAAACAAUGGCCUGGGAUCUGAGUCGGAGUCGGAGUCAGAAGCGAGUGUCGGGGAGUGCCAGUUCAAAGAAGGAUGGAAGAAAGGGGCGGCCAGUAGAAGGGAAGGGUCCCCGGCUCCAGGCAGAAGUACAGCCGGCAAAAGGACACGGCAGGCCGUCCGGGAUCCCCGCUUGGAGACGAACGAAGAGUGGAGUGAGAAGGAAGUGCGGAAACUGCACAGGGCCAUAGCUUCCCUUCCAAAGCACAAGAGCGGCUUCUGGCUGGAGGUGGCGCGGAGAGUGGGCUCGCGCACGGCAGAGGAAUGCCAGCAGAGGAACCUGGCGGAGCAGGAGGGCCAGGCGCGGGCCCCAAAGAAAACCACCAAGCCGAGGAGAAGAAAGGAAGACAGAGAAGAGGUGGUGGAAGAGGAGGAGGAGCGGGCCAAGCAUCCCGUGACGGUGGCGGCCAAAGUGGGGACCCUCAAGCGCAAGCAGCAGAUGCGGAUGUUCCUCGAACAGAUGCCCAAGGAGGACCACGACGACGUCUUCGCCGCCUCCCCCUUUCAGAACAGGAACACCAAACUGCCGCAGUUCCUGACGGUCCCGGAGGAGGACGUCUUCCAGCUGAAGGAGGGCCACCCCAUCACGCCCGGCUCGGCCAUCUUCCCUCUGGUCAAGACCCCGCAGUGCAGGCACGUCUCCCCCGGGAUGAUGCUGCAGUCCCUGGACAGGAAGGACCGUGAGAAGCGUGUUUUCCAGCUGCAGAAGAACAUCAAAGGCAAGGAGCGCACCUGGCAGAACGUGAAGAAGAAACCGGUUGGGACCAUCUCCACGACCCCCACUUCACGGAAGGGUGUCUUUACUUUUGGAGUGGGCUCGGCCAGCGUGGAGCAGCUCUUCCCAGCGGAGGACCAAGAAAUGGAGUCUUGCGACGAGGCCGAUACGUAUUUUUCCACGUAA